CUGAAGACCGUGCGACUGGUCACGCUCCUUGUCUCAAGUCCAUGGAAGCAAGGUAUUUUCUUGUACUAUGGAGAAUUGAAACAGCCUGAAAACCUUGAAUCCAAUGCAGUGAAGAUGGAAGAGAUUCAAUCUCUCCCAUCGCUCUCAAGCCUCUCAGCCUCCACAGUUUCCUUCCUCAACAAGGAAUUCCACAGGAAAGAAGAUCUGAUUCGCGCAACACACCUCGUCUCUGAGUUGCAGAAGCGGUGCGGCGAUUUGGACCAAAACCUAAUUGAUCUCAAUCGCACACUCGAAGCCACCCUUCUCGCUUAUGCUUUCCAUUCCAAUGGACUGCACGACCUCUUCCGCAAUAUUAAUCUCCAAUUGACUCGUCUCAACUCGACCACUUGCUUUUCAUCAGAUGGUGGAGGAGGAGAGGGCAGGGCGGGACAGUUAUUGGCGGAGGAGUUGCCGGCGCUUGCCAAAGAAGUGGCUCGGGUUGAGACCGUUCGUAUGUACGCAGAGACAGCAUUAAAACUUGACAGUUUGGUUGGUGACAUCGAAGAUGCUGUAUCUUCUACUAUGAACAGAAAUCUAAAGAAGCAUGCUUCCACACACAGUUCAGAAGAAAUGCGUUUGCACGCCCUUAAAGCGCUUAAAUUGACAGAAGAUGUUUUAAUUUCAGUCACAAAAACACGCCCUCAGUGGGCACGUCUUGUGUCAGCUGUUGAUCAAAGAGUAGAUCGAGCUUUAGCCAUUUUAAGACCUCAGGCAAUUGCAGAUCAUCGGACCCUUCUUGCUUCUCUUGGAUGGCCACCGCCUCUGUCCACUUUAAACUCAAACUUAGAUACAAGAAAAUCUAGUGAAGUCUUAAAUCCUCUUUUUACGAUGCAAGGGGACCUCAAACACCAGUACUGUGAAAAUUUCCUUUCCUUGUGUAGCCUGCAGGAAUUGCAGAGAAGAAGAAAAUAUAGGCAACUUGAGGGGUAUUAUCGGGAAAUUGCUCUUCACCAGCCACUCUGGGUGAUUGAAGAGCUUGUGAAUCCUAUAUCAUUGGCAUUCCAGCAACAUUUUUCAAAGUGGAUUGAUAAACCUGAAUUCAUUUUUGCCCUUGUAUAUAAGGUUACCAGGGACUAUGUUGACUCCAUGGAUGAGUUAUUGCAACCAUUGGUUGAUGAAGCAAUGCUAGCAGGUUACAGUUGUAGAGAAGAAUGGAUUUCAGCGAUGGUAACCUCCCUAGUAAUCUACUUGGCAAAAGAGAUAUUCCCCAGUUAUGUUGGUCAACUGGAUGAAGAGAGUGUCACUGGUGUUCAAUCCCAGGCUAGAAUAGCAUGGCUCCAUCUUGUUGACUUGAUGAUCACUUUUGAUAAACGGGUUCAGUCCAUGUUAGCACAUUCUGGAUUGUUGCUUUUCCUUCAAGAAGAUGGGAAUCUGCAGAAGAUUUCUUCUUUGUCCGUCUUCUGUGAUCGGCCUGACUGGCUUGAUUUAUGGGCAAAAAUAGAGCUUGAUGAUGUGCUAGAUAAGUUGAAACUUGAGACGGAGGAUAGGAAAAAUUGGACAAUGAAAGUUCAGGGAGCAGUUCUUCUGCCAGGUCCUGAAGAUUACAGAUCUCCUGCAAUUUCUAGUGUUUUUCUUCAGCGCCUGUCAGCUGUGGUUGAUAGGUGUCGAGCAUUGCCAAGCGUUUCUUUGAGUUCAAGGUUUGCCAGAUUGACUGGUGCACCCAUCAUACAUAAAUUUUUGGACUGCAUACUUCUAAGGUGCCAAGAAGCUGAAGGCCUGACUGCCCUUACAGAUGAUGAUGCUCUUAUCAAAGUUACAAACUCCAUAAAUGCUGCUCGUUACUUUGAGUCUGUUUUGAAGGAAUGGUGUGAGGAUGUCUUCUUUCUUGAGAUGGGAUUACAUGAAGGUGAUCAGUUGGGAACGGUGGUUGGUGUGAAUAGUUUUAGUAGACCAAUUGAAGGACCUGGGAGCGGUAUUUUUGAUGACGAAAUUGAAAAGCUGGAGAAGUUCAGAUUGGAGUGGGUUGGGAAGUUAUCAGUUGUUCUCUCGAGGGGAUUUGAUGCUCGGUGUCGAGAUUACAUGAAGAACAGGAAGCAGUGGCAGGAAAAGGUUGAAGAAGGUUGGAUGGUGUCCAAGUCUUUACUGGGGGCUCUGGAUUAUUUGCAAGGAAAAAUGUCAAUACUGGAAGCAAGUUUGAAUGCAAUAGACUUUGUUGGGGUUUGGAGAAGUUUGGCAGCUCAUGUGGAUCGAUUAAUUUUUAGUGGCAUUCUUAUGAGCAAUGUAAAAUUUUAUGAUGGGGGUGUAGAGAGAUUUAGAUGCGAUUUGGAGGUUCUUUUCGGGGUAUUCAGGGCUUGGUGUAUGAGGCCUGAAGGCUUCUUUCCCAAAGCGAGUGAGGGCUUGAAGUUGUUGAAGAUGGGUGAGGACCAACUCCAGGAUUAUUCAGCAGCAGGGGAGAAAUGGAUGGUGGAAAAUGGGAUUAGGCAUUUGAGUGUUGCAGAAGCGGAAAAGAUUGUAAAGAAUAGAGUAUUUACAAGUUGAAUGCUUUCAGGUUAAGGUCUUUUCCUUUUUCUCAGCAUAGGCUCAAGGGGUACAGCAAACAAGAAAAAAUAGAGGUUAGUUGAGGUUUAUGUAUACAGUGGGAAGAUUCUAGUGUUUGUACUAGUUUCCAUAUCUCCCAAAUUGACCCAAUUCUUUAUAUCAUGGCACAACAAAUGCUUGGGUUUUCUUCAAAUUAGAAUAAGUUAUUUCGUUUCUCUCAGGAUUCCAGUAAAGACUCUUAUCUAUAUUGUUUUUUCAUUCAGUUUGUUGAAAUAACAGAUAGAGCUGUUUGGGACGCAA